GGGUUCGAGGGGGUGCAACGUUGUCGGUCCCCCGGUGCGCUGAGCUGCUCGCGGGCAGAAGCAGGAGGGCUGACCCGUGGCCUGCCGUGGCACAGGGAGCGCUGCUGUGGGGCUCCUCAGCCUGGAUGUCACGCCCCCCCCCGGGUGCUUUGAGCUGCUCCCUCGGAGGGUUUGGAGCCCCAGCAGCGCUGUGUAACCCUCAGCUGCCGUUGGACGCGCAGCUUUCAGCGCUCGGAGCCCGUCCGGCUUGAGGAGUUGAUUUGCUUGUCUGUGUGUGUGAGAGCGGAAAGGUGCUGGUGCCAGUCGAGGGUUGUGUUUGGAUUUGGCGGAGCAGGGGAGGUGAAGGCAGGCGCCUGGUUUUUCAGGCUGUGACAGUUGAUGUCUCCUGGACGGAGGAGACCGCCCUCCCGCUUUGCCAAGCUGUGGCAGCAUAAGGAAACGUGCAAGUUGGUCCAGAUGAUUGCAGAGCUGGUGCAUGGCUGUGUUGCAGCUUGUCGCAGCCCAGGCUCUGCUGCUGAUGGCAUUGGGCUCAGCAGCACUGAGGAUGGACUUAAUGCCCAAGGGGUAGUGGGAAGAUUUUGUGCUGGAGCUGCUGGUUAUUUCCUCUUUCAGCGCAGAGUGAAGUGACCGCGAGCCAAGCAGAGGCUAGGGAGACCUUGCGUCACCUCACCUCAGCGUUUGGGUGAGGGGAGAGACCGAGUCAGAAGUGAAGGGUGUCUCACUCCCUCAUGUUUCCAGGGCCUGAUGAACCCAGUGCCAGGCCUAGGGCUGCCUUACUGGGCUUUCUGAAUCAUGUGGCUCAUGCCAGCGCAGAUGCAUGUUGCAAACUUGAGACUGUUGGAAAAUCUCGACAAACUGAGCCCAGAUACCCUUAACUUCCCCUGCCCUGUUGCAAUCCCUUUUUGGGGAGGGCACGAGCAGGAAGCGGUCUCACUCUGCGCAAUGUUGCAGUGGUGCCUCUUUGUGCUUUCCCUCCUUGUCCUGAGCCCUGCUUUGGUGCUCCAGUCUUCUUGCCCCGGCUCUUUUCUGUCCUUCUGGCUGCAGGGCUGGGAGCCAGAGCUCACAGGAAAGCAUCCUUUGCCCUGUUUCUUUUGUAUAUGAAUGCAAGGCUAUACCUGCUCUUGAAGAGAUGGAAGGUGCCCUGAGGAUCUGCCCUGAGCUGGUUGUAGCUCUUCCUUACCACUCCUGGGGAGUGGGGGCAGCUGAGGCUGGCUGGGUUCAGUUUCUGCUCUGCCAGCCAAGCAGCAAAGCCAAAACACAAGUCACAGACCAGCCGGGCCCAGCACCAUAGAGAUCAUCCCUGAAGGUCGCCAGGCGUGUGGGCUGGGAUGUGGCCUCCCUCUGUGCUCCCUGGUUGUGGCGGCACCGUUCUUCAUUUGCGUGUAUUUCUGCAGGGGAGCGGGGCACCUCGAUUCUGCGGGUGGGAGGAGUGACCAGCAUUACCACUUCCCAUUUCAGGGCUGGCUUGCCUGGCAGUGCUUGUAUGUUCUCCCAGUACACAGGGUGCUGAGCCCUGAGUUGCACAUGGAGGUGUUUAUCGCAUAGGGACAACAGGGACAUCUCUGCUGUGAGGCUGGCAGGUCUCCCUACGCUGCAGCACUGAGGCCCUCCCGUAGGAUAAGUCGUCCUGCAGGUCUUGGCCACGGGCAGGGAGCGGCUCCUGCGACCUGGGGCACACAGUCCUGCCCCCGUAUUGCUGCCGGGCACAUUGCUGGCUUGCUAUCAGCCUCUGCCUCCAGGCUGUGACUCUGGGGAGAAGGGAGCAGCGGGAUGUGUGCAGUGACCUCUUUGCUGCUUUUAAGCAUUUCAGAAGCCUCCACUUUCAACUUUUUCCCAGCCGUACAGCGGGUCUGUGUCACACAGCCAGUGGCUCCAGUCAGUAGAGCCUGUCCCUUCCCCCUCUUUAUCUGGUGUGAAACAGACAGUGCCACACUGCCUGUGCUUAUCUGUUCCUUAGGGCCAGGUCAUCCUCUCUUUUCCAGCUGCACACUGUGAGGCAUGCAAAGAGCAAGUGUCUCUUCUGGUCUGCAGCAUGUUUCCUGCUCACAAGCUCAGAGCAAGGCUGGAUUUCGGUGCGAGCACCUCUGCGUGUGCUUGGGCUGCACAGGGCUGCUGGGUGUGACUCCCAGCUGCGAUUCAACAAGAGAGAGGAGCACUCGGGGUACAGCAGGGCGAGCUGUCCUUGUAAUCCCUCCCUAGAAAGGAAGGGCUUUUCUGGGUUUCUCAGGGCUGCGCUUUGGUGUCUCCUGCCUGUGUUGGAGUACAAAUUUCUCUGGAAAUAACUAACCCUGGGAGAAACGCUGAGGACGGCAGGCACAUCUUGGAACGUCCACAGCCUUGGAGAGGGGGGUGCUGGGGGGCAGCUGGAGCUUCUGGUGUUGAUGGGCUCCUGGUGAGCCGGUGACGGAGCAGCAUGUGAUAGUCAGUCAGGGCACACAGCAUUGCUCCUCUCACCUCCGCUGUGAGAGAGAAGACCUCACAGCUGGUCAUCCGAUGCUGUGGCUCUCCAGUGGAGGGAUCUGCUACACAAUAUUUGACCUGGGCUUCCGCUUUGAUGUGGCCUGGUUCCUGACGGAGACCUCACCCUUCAUGUGGUCCAACCUGGGCAUUGGCCUGGCCAUCUCCCUGUCCGUGGUGGGAGCUGCCUGGGGGAUUUACAUCACAGGCUCCAGCAUCAUCGGUGGUGGAGUCAAAGCCCCUCGGAUCAAAACCAAGAACCUGGUCAGCAUCAUUUUCUGCGAGGCUGUGGCCAUUUACGGGAUCAUCAUGGCAAUCGUCAUCAGUAACAUGGCUGAGCCUUUCUCUGCAGUCACUCCAGAGACGAUUGGAGCCAGGAACUACCACGCAGGUUUUUCCAUGUUUGGGGCUGGCCUGACCGUGGGGUUAUGCAAUCUCUUCUGUGGGGUCUGUGUGGGCAUCGUGGGCAGCGGGGCUGCCUUGGCUGAUGCCCAGAACGCCAGCCUCUUUGUCAAGAUCCUGAUUGUGGAGAUCUUUGGCAGUGCCAUAGGGCUGUUUGGGGUCAUCGUUGCUAUCCUGCAGACAUCUAAAGUAAAAAUGGGCAACUGAGCCCUGUCGCACCCAGCCUGUUCCAGCCCGCCCCAAGAGGUGCUGUAUAUACUUAUUUAAUGUUUCUAGCCUUGAUUGGGGCGGAAGCUGCCCGGCGGCGGGAGUGCGGCUGUGUAGAGCCCAGUCCUGCCGAUCAGUCGGCCCCUCAGAAGAAACAAAUUUGUGUGAAUUCUGCCCCCAGCGGCCUGGCCCAGCCCGCGGGGCCCUGCUGCUGCUGCGUGUUCCCGGUGUGUGUAAAAUCGACCACCAGUGCAAUUCUGUGUCCGUGAAAUAAAUAUGGUUCUCGUCCAA